ACUUGCUUGCUGCCCGGGCCCGGCGAGGCGGUGCUGCGUUCCGAGGAGAGCCUGCUGCGCGCCCCGGGGAGAGCGCAGGCGGAGGCAGAGCCAGAGGCAGGCGAGGGGCGCACGGAGGGCGGCGGCGGCGGCGCUUCCAUUCAUUGCAGCGCAGAAGCGCCUCCGAGGAGCCGGCUCGGGGAGGAGCCUGCCGAGAGGGAAGCCCAGCGGCGCCCGCCAACCAAGUCCAAGGCUGCGCUGCUGGCAAGCGGAGAGCAGGCCCAUAGUCCUCGGGUCUCCAUGAAGAAGCAUUUUUGUAGCCCUCCUUGAAGCCUGAGCAAUGCCCUGGAACGUCAAAUGGCUGAACAGCUGCCACGGCCACGGCUCCCCAUCCCAGAAGCAAUGCAAGAAGUCCUCCUUUGCCUUUUACCAAGCCGUGAGGGACCAGCUGCCAGUGUGGCUCUUGGAGGACAUGAGGAUCAUGGAAGCUUUUCACUGGCAAGAGGGGGGCAAAGUCAGCUCCUACUCUCCCUCCGAAGCCCUCCUCUACGCCCUGGUGCACAACCACCAGCCUUACGCCCAACAUCUGCUCCGUAAGUUCCCCCAAAGUGCCCUGGCCAUCCCCAGCCUCCACUUCAGCUGCUGCCAUUCCUCAGCACCUCACCUGGCCAUGGCUGUCCGGUACAACCGUGUCCACAUCCUUUUAGAGAUUCUCAAGGCCAUCAGAGACUUCCCAGCCAGUGACCGGGCCGGUUAUUUGGACCGCAGGGGGUGCAGCCGAGUGGAAGGCGGCAAAACUGCCCUGCACGUGGCCUGCGAACUGGUGAGGCCUGAGUGUUUGCUUCUGUUGCUAGGCCACGGGGCUUCCCCUUGCCUGAGUGACUGCACUGGCCAGACGCCUCUGGACCUCCUGUUACAGCAGGUCUGGGAGAGCCCCACGGCAAAUUUGCGGGCCAAGCUGCUUCUCCUGGAUUCCCUCUUCCUCUUCAUGCCUCAGGGCUUCCAUUUCUCAACGAAACAACGACUGUUGGAUGACCAGCAGCAGUGGCAGACCCUUUUGGGCAAAAACAGGUUCCAGUGGCUGGCAGGCCUCGCCCCUGCUUCUCUCUUUGUUAAAUCCAUGCAAGUCUUAAUUGGGACCAUUGCGCCGGAUCAGUUCCCGGAGGCUUUGGACGCCUUGCCUUUACCUCAUUUUCUGAAGCCUUUGGACUUGAAACUGAAAAGUUAAAUGAACUUCAGAGCCCCUCCUCUCGCCGCCCCGCACAGUUCUUGCUUGUGUGAUGAAAACAGGGUUUUGUCUGUUGUGUGGAGGACUUCCUUGUCAAAACUGUAGGGGAGAGUGGGCAGCGCUUGUUUUAAUUAGAACCUUUUUAUAGAAAAAAGGAUACUUGUCCUUGUGUUUUAUUGUGAGUGUCAUGGAGACAGAGGGGAAUACCUACUCUGCAUUUUAAACAAAAAUAAGUCUUGUUCUGUAGGACGCAUAUCUUAGCUUCCUUGGGUGAGCAGAAUUGUAAACUGGCUUACAUAAACCAGAAGAUUAGGUCCCAAAGUGAAAAGUAACCAGGAUAAAGGUUCUCCUAGGUGACCUCGUUUGAUUCAGAGCUUGAUUUACAUACAAAUUAAGUAAAGCCUUAGAUAAUGGGUGGGCCUCUAUUUUGAAAAAAAUUACUGUAUUUCAGUGUUUCAUCAGCAUUCCUUUAUCCAGCCCUGAUCACGUUACAGUUUAGG